CAUCAGCUUAAGGUGCUGUUAACACAGUCCAAUGUGACGCUGGACAUUUCAUUUCUGAAGAAUCGGUGGGUUUAAGAUGAAUUUUCGGCGACGGUUCAAAUGUGCGCCACGCGCCAGGCCACUUUCGGAUUCUUAAGAGUUGCUGUUCUCCCGGUCCGGAGAGAAUGAGGUGUCUCUGGGUGAAGCAUGAGCGGUCAGAGAAUCGGUCAUAAGCGGCUGUCUCUGCUAUGGGAGGGGGCGGCUCUCAGCCUCUGGCUCUGCUGCUGCUGCUGCUGGACCUCCGGGACCGGAGCCGCCGCCGGAGCCGCCGCCGGGGCCGGGGCCGGAGCCGGACCGGGAGACAGCGCCCCCGGCUCUCUGGCCUGGCUGCUGUCGGAUAAAGGGCCGUUCCAGCAGUCCCUGGAGUUCACGGAGGCUGCGGAGAGGUACCAGCAGGGAUUCAGCACCAGAUACAAAAUCUAUAGGGAGUUUGGUCGAUGGAAGGUCAACAGCCUGGCGGUGGAGAAGAGGGAUGGCGGCGGCGGUUUGACUCCGCCCCUCGACCCGGACUUCACGCACACCGUCCGCCAGCUGGGGAGGCGGCCGAGCCUCCAGGCGAUCACGGAGAGCCUAAUCAAGAAAUACGGCACCCACCUCCUCCUCUCCGCCACUCUGGGAGGGGAGGAGUCUCUCACCAUAUUUGUGGACAAAAGGAAGCUCGGCCAGGAGUCUUCCUCCCCGGGCGCCGAGGGCGGCCGCGGCGGCAACCGGACCUCGACGGGCGCCGUGACCCUGGAGGCCCUCCACCAGCUGGCCGCCUCCUACUUCACGGACCGGGAGAGCACCCUGCGCAAGCUGCACCACCUCCAGAUCGCAUCCACCGCCAUCAGGGUGACCGAAACCAGAACCGGUCCUCUUGGAUGCAGCAACUAUGACAAUCUGGACACCGUGAGCUCCGUGUUGGUCCACAGUCCGGAAAACAAGGUGCAGCUACAAGGGCUGCAGGCCGUCCUGCCGGGCUACCUGCAGAGCCGCUUCAUCCAAGCGGCCCUGGACUACAUCGGCUGCAGGUCCGAGGGCCGGUUCGUCUGCCGGGGCGGUGACUGCUGGUGCGACUGCAGCCCCGACUUCCCGCAGUGCAACUGUCCGCUGUCCGACCUGGACACCCUGGAGAACAGCCUGCUGCGCAUCAGGGACGCCUGGAGGCUGGCCAACCGGGAGUUCGAGGAAUCGGAGGAGUUCCAAAGCUUUGUUGGGAAGCUGCCAACCCAUUACGCCGUAAACACAUCUGUCGUGGAGCACUUGUGGAGGACGGACGGCGGCCUGCUCCAGCGCUACAGGCAGCUGGAAACCAGCAGCAGCCGGCUUUUCGCCAAAGCCCGCCGCACCACUAACAAGCUCUUCAGCCUGAGCAAGAGGUGUCGAAAACAGCCCAGAAUAAUCCAGCAGAGGCCGAGGCCGCUGCUCUUCUGGCUGAGCUACGCUCUCUCCGUCCUCUACUGCAGCGAGAACAGCCAGCUGGGCGUCUACAGCGACGCCAGCCGCCGCUGCUCCUGCCCCUACAGCCAGCCCGGCUGCCAGGGCGUGGUGCCCUGCUCCGUGGGCGACGGCCCCCGCUGCGCCUCCUGCUCCGCCGAGAACCGCACCCGCUGCUCCAGCUGCAACCGCGGCUUCGCCCUGACGCAGGGGGCGUGCCGGCCCGCCGUGCCCGACCCCACCGACCCCUACCUGGGCCUGGAGAGCGACCGCGACCUGCAGGACCUGGAGCUGCGCUUCCUGCUGCAGCGCCGCGACCCGCGCCUCUCCCUGCACGCCGUCUUCGUGAGCAACGACGUGCGCGUCAACACGUGGUUCGACCCGUCCUGGAGGAAGAGGAUGCUGCUCACGCUGAAGAGCAACCGGGUCAAGUCCAACCGGGUCCACAUGCUCCUGGGGGUCGCUCUGCAGUUCUGCCUGACCAGAAACAGCACCCUGGAGCCGGCGCUGUCGCUGUUCGUCAACCCCUUCGGCGGCAGCCAUUCGGAGAGCUGGACCAUGCCGAUAGGCCAGCACGGAUACCCCGACUGGGAGCGCCAAAAGCUGGAUAUCCCUUUGGACUGCUAUAACUGGACGUUAAGUCUGGGAAACAGAUGGAAGAGCUUUUUUGAGACGGUUCAUUUCUACCUGAGGAGUCAGAGCAGGGAGGCCGUGGGAGGAAGCAGAAACACGACUCUGUACAACGAGCCCCCGGAGGCGGCGGAGCCGGCCAACAGCAUCGGCUACAUGAAGGUCAACAGCAUGCAGCUGUUUGGGUACAGCGUGCACUUUGACCCCGAGGCCAUCCAGGACCUGAUCCUGCAGAUAGACUACCCGUACACUCAGGGAUCGCAGGACUCGGCGCUGCUGCAGCUGGUGGAGCUGCGCCGCAGGGUCAACCGCCUCUCGCCCCCGGGGGCGCCGCACGUGGACCUGUUCGCGUGUCUGCUGCGCCACAGACUCAAGCUGUCCACCGCAGACGUGACCAGGAUACUCACUGCCCUGCAGGCCUUCAGCGCCAAACAGCCCGACUACGUGCACUACGAGGCAAACAAACUGUGCAGCUAAUGGCCACUGCUAAAUGUUUUGUACUAUUUCCCGGCCGCAGACAGGACGGCGGGAUACAUUGGUGUCACAUGUGUGAUUUGUUGUUCGAAACUGUGCUGUACAUACACAGUGUGCAAUUAAAUUUGAUGUUUUAU